CUCAUGGGAAACGCAGUCUUCCUUAAGGCAAAAUCCUACCGCCUUUGUCGCUAAAAUCAACCAAAACUGAAAAGUUACCAAGUGUUUCUUUAAAUUGCGAGAUUUAACACACCGAUACUGCAUUGUGGUUCUAGUGGUUUUGUGACUGAUUGUAUGUUUGGGGAGACCUUCAUACAUCACGAUACUUUAUAGCCCUUCAAAUAGAAAUAGGUUCAUAUGUGAAUACGUAGAAUUAUGGCAAUUGAUGAAAUCCCCUAACUAAAUCACAGAUUGUCGUAAAAAGUGUCAAGAUAGAUGAAGGAGGGUGAGUUCAGGUCAGAGUAAGGAACACUACAGGUAAAAGACAGCCUCCCUGCUCCCUGUCCUAGUGUUUGUUUUAAUGCAUCUCUCUCGCUCACCCUCUCUUUCUUCACCACUACUCCUCCUCUUUCUCCUCACUCCUUCUAAUGCUUCUUCCUUCACUCCACUGCUGUUCAUUUCACACUCAACUUCUCCUCACAUCUGGAUUCAUCAAUCAUCUUCUCUCAUUCUGUCUCCGAGCAUACAAAAGGGGAAUACGUGCAGCAUGUUGCAGGCUGCGGCACUUUGGCUUUUGACACUUGCUACCCAGCUACCUGAGACAACGCAGGGUCCUCAGCAACGCUUUUUGCUCAGGGAGCUGCUGAGAGAUUACAAUCCCAUGGAAAGGCCUGUGGCCAAUGACUCCCACACCCUCACAGUCCACUUCUCCAUCACUCUAAUGCAAGUCAUGGAUGUGGAUGAAAAGAACCAGAUCCUCACCACAAAUAUAUGGCUACAGAUGCAGUGGUAUGAUCACUACCUGCAGUGGAAUCAGUCUGAGUACCCCGGAGUUAAAAACCUUCGCUUCACUGCAGAUCAAGUAUGGACACCAGACAUAUUGCUUUAUAACAGUGCUCACAACAAGUUUGACGCCACCUUUAAGACCAACGUGCUGGUAAACUCCAGUGGGUUCUGUGAGUAUCUGCCUCCAGGAAUAUUUAUCAGCACCUGCAAUGUGGAUGUGCGCUGGUUUCCCUUUGAUAUUCAACGUUGCGAGUUGAAGUUUGGAUCCUGGACAUUCGACGGCUGGCUGCUGGACAUUCAGAUGAAGGAGGCAGAUGUGUCGGGAUACAUGCCCAAUGGAGAGUGGGACCUACUGGAGGUGCCCGGAGGUCGGCACGAGAUUUUCUAUGACUGCUGUGCAGAACCUUACCCCGACGUAACUUUUGUGGUCACCCUGCGCCGGCGGACACUUUAUUACGCUCUCAACCUCCUCAUCCCCUGCGUGCUCCUCUCGUCCAUGACACUUCUCGUCUUCCUGCUCCCAGCCAACUCCGGAGAGAAGAUUAGCUUGGGAAUUACUGUUCUACUUUCUCUGACUGUCUUCAUGUUGAUGGUUGCUGAGAUAAUGCCAGCGACUUCAGAUUCUAUACCACUCAUAGGUCAGUACUUUGCCAGCACCAUGGUGAUUGUUGGGAUGUCUGUAGUGGCUACAGUCAUUGUCCUUCAAUUCCAUCACCACAACCCCAACAAUGGACAGAUACCACAUUGGGUCAACCUAGUUCUUCUGCAGUGGGUACCUUGGUUCCUGAGGAUGAAACGUCCAGGUGAGGGAAUGGAACAUGAUCGUCCACACAGCCAGGCAGAUACUCAAAGCAAGACCCUGUCCUCACCUGCCACUCAACUGACCGCCAUUAUCCCCCAAAGCCUUGCGUCCCUGAGAGCCAGCCUGGCUCAGCUCCAUCACACCCCGCCUCAUGAGUGCAUUUCCCAAGCCGUUAUUCUUCCGCAUGUCAUCCAUAGAGAUCCUAGCCCCAAUCUGCAUCCUCAACCAAACGGUCAUCUGCCUUACAUGGGGUUCCAGGCCUUUCAGUCUACUGCAGAAGUAGAAGGCCAGAGUCACAAUCAGAUGAGGGGCUCCUACGGACCAACGGGCGAAGAUGGAGAAGCUUCAGAUGGAGGGGGAGAUAUUCCGAGUCAUCAACAAUUUUUGUCUGCCAAAUUGCAGGAAACAGCAUCCAUAAACCCCGAGUCGUCAACCAUGUCUCCAGGGUCGGGUGGUUUAGAAGCGGGGACAGGUUCAGGUAGGGCUGCCCUUUCAGACACCCACAGUGGCAUCAUUGGAAGCGGGGCAGUGGACAACCAGCUCAAGGCUCUUCUCACUGAAGUACAGUUCUUAGUGGAACGGGUUCGCGAACAGGACCGGCAGCUCAGUCUAGCUGAACAGUGGCAGUUCGCUGCAGCCGUUAUCGACCGCCUGUGUCUGGUCGGAUUCAGCGUCUUCAACAUAAUCUGCACCAUUGCUAUUCUCAUGGCCGCACCCAACUUUGGAGAAGCUCUGGCGAAAGACUUCCUCUGAGAAGAAAAAAGAUAAAAGAAGGGGUCUUUCAAAGCACAGUCUCUCAAUUUUUCUUUAAAGACACAUUUUGUCGUUUAGAUUGAUGUGAAGAUAUGAUAAGUGCAUGUGCCUGUAAACCCUCUAAUUCCUACUGAUCAUUUCAUUCUCAGGGCAUUGAAGGCUUGAAACUGUACUGUUCUGGUUGUUUUAGAAGACGUUUUACUUCUCAUCCAAGCAGAUGUGAUAACAACACACAAUAUUCAUCCCGCAAAUUAUAAGCACACCACAAUAUUAUCAAUCUUACGGAUACAAAAAAGUUCAGAAAAAUUAAAGAAAAGCCAAUAGUUAUCGGGCCACAUCUUUAAAAGGAACCUCGAACUUAAAGACUUGAAGGCCCUAAUAAACCACAAUUGUUCACUUUUACUAAAAUAUGUUAUUAGAAACACGUAAAAUAUUGCCAUUCAUUAAAGAAUCUAUAAUAUUUAGUACAUGUUUUGACCUACGGAGGGCGCCAUGUUUUUAUACCUGCAAUGGUAUGUCACACUCACUUGACGAAUACUACAGGGUUACUGCAAUUCCUUCUACGCGGCGAGACGUCCAACACAUGCGCUCAUCAAUUAAAAGCGGCAAGUAUGUGUUUUUAUUGAGCCUUUUAUUACCUUUUCAUUACCUCAAAAUACUUUUUGCAUGUGUUUCCCUCUCAUACUUUUAAGCAUGGGUUUUUCUUGUUGUAGUUUUAAAGGAGAUUGUUGAUCUGCUGACCACAUUAGUCACAUAGCAUAUUUGAGCCACCGUUGUUUGAUAUUACUACGUUUAAGUAUUUUCUUAAGGCGUCCUCAGUAUGUUCUGUCCGUAUGCAUCUAAGCAAAACAAGCUGAAAGCGCACAGUAGUACUUUGGGUGUAAAAUUUGCCUCUUGUAGCCGUUUCGCCGGUGUUGCACAUUUUGGCAGAACACAGUUUUUUCCCCUACUUUCAUCUUGUCACAUCCCGUCUUGCCUGUUCAUUUUGCGUUUGCUGCUUGUUUUGUGAUAAAUCGACAGUGCUGUCAUGCUCAUUAAUGUUCCUCUCUGGUUCAAAUUCAAAGGGUUGAACAGAUGACAUGUUUAUGUCACUAGAGUCAUACACUGAUAGCCCGUCAGCGUAACCAUGUGACGUCAUUGCCCUGUGACGUCGACAACAACGGUGACUACUAGUUAAACUAAUUUUACAAAUUGUAUAAAAACUAAAACAUCAAAAGGGGUUUCAAUAUCAAAUUAUUUUAACUCAUAAUAACAUGUCAAGUUCAAAAAUAGACCCUUAGGUAGACAUUUGUAAAAUUACCCAAAAAUAAGGAGAGAAGACACUCAGUUUUCUUGGCCAAGGAGAGCAAGGAGGGACUAGACAGUGAAAUGCUGGAUUACGCUGUAUAGUCACCAAAAUUGAUCUAAAAAAAACCCUCCUUGCUCUUUCUUUUAUUAGGGGUUUGUCCUAACACAGAAGGGUGCCGCCCUAAAGGGAGGGGGAAAGCAAGCUGGAGACACCCAUUUGAUUUUGGCUGGCUAUGUGUGAGCAUGUAGGUGGAACUAACUAAAUACACGUGUGUAAGAAAGGGCACUUAGGUAAAGUGGUCAGAAUGACCCAGACACUUCAGUUAUGCAACGCUGCGGCCAUGGAAGACGUCCUCGAAUGGAAGAUUGUCCUCAAAAGUCUAGACGAAAGUCCAGACGUAAGAUGCUGAAGAUGUCCUAGAAGGUCUAGUUACGCAAUGUUGCGGCCAUAAAGCAAGGCAGUUGUCACCCCGACCCUUUUUAACACUUUGUAACACUUAAACAUUAUACUACAGCCUAGCAUAGCAAGCAAUAAUCAUUUAAUGGUUAUAUCAAAUAAGAAAAAAUAUGGCAAUAUGUAUUAUGUAUGUAUUAGGUAUAUAUGAGCACAAGAAAAUAUUCAAUCAAUCAAGCAAAUAUUCAACCAACCCUCGAUAAUUAACUCAACAUAACGUUUGUCUUUUAAGAACUACAAGUCUUUCCAUCCGUGGAUCCCAUUAAUAUUUGGGUCAAAUAGUUGCCUAUCUAUGCUCGAUACACACUCAUCACUCAGAGUUGAGUUGACAUGCAAAACAUCUUCCAAGACAACCAAAGAAGUUAAAGGGGAAGUUCAGAAUUCUUGACAUUAGGAUUAAUUUUCGAGUUAGCGGGGGGUCUAAUUAGUCGGUGGAGUUGGUUUCAACAAAUUCCGUGCAGUUUCUUAGUUAUUUGUUUUUUGCAGAGCUCCGGAGUGGCUAAGCUAGUGGGAGUCAGUGGUGCUUGCUAGCAUGCCGAUAAAAAACCACAAGCAUGCAUCAGAAUCACCGGUGACCCAUGCAAUCAGAAGUGUUGGUUAUGUUUUCAGGAUAAAGUUAAUUAAAUUUACCAUUGCAGGUCAAUAAUUGUAGUAUGAACAGCAACAUUAGUAAUCCAGCAGCUCUGCAGGCAACAAAAUGUCUGGGCAAGCAGUGGGAAGUGACGUCACCAUUUUUUCACUACAGAUUUUUUUUGGUGGGAACAAAAGGGACUCCCCGUCCCGCAAAUCAAUCACCCCUGAUGCAAUGUACAUGGUUUUGUUUGAACAGUUAGAUCUGUUAAUAUCGUUUUUUUAUUGGCAUGCUAGCAAGCACCAUUGACUUGCACUAGCUUUGCCACU